AUGCAGCUAUCCCUGGCUGUCGUGGCUGCGGUAAUCGGCCAGGCCGUUGUGAGCACUGCUUCGACCCUGACGCCGCCUGUGCUACCCUUGAUCGUGCGUAAUCCGUAUUUGAGCACCUGGUUAGGUGAUGCACGAGAGCCACCAUGGGCCAAAUGGCCCAUGUUCUAUACCGGCGAGGAGCUUGGUCUUGCCCUGAUGGCCCAUGUGCCGAGCCAGGAAACGGUGUACCCGCUGGUCGGGAAGCCGCAGGACUUUUUGACCUCAGAUGCUGGAUACAAUGUGCGCUUUCCCACUUACCUGGGUCACAACUACGACGCCUCCACAACCAACUUGACGUAUCGAAUCGAGGCCGAUGCUGCGAAGCCGCUUGAGAUCACAAUUUCCUUUCUCUCUCCUAUCACGCCGACCUCCACGCUGCGACAGUCGAUCCCGGCGUCCUAUGUCACCAUCGACGUGCAAGGGGGUCUCGAUGUGAAUGUCUAUAUGGAUGUUGAUGGCAGAUGGGUGAGUGGGGAUGGAACCAGUCGACUGCGCUGGGACUGGGACAGUCGUCCAGCCGAGGUGACCAAAGAUAAGGAGGGAGAACCGAUCCCAACUCCAGGUUUGCAAACAUGGCGAAUCCGUCGCGAAUCCGAGCUUGACUUGUCCGAAAUUCGGGAUCGAGCCGAGUGGGGAACCCUCCAUUUUAGUGGGCCUGAGAAUGCCCGACACAUGUCUGGCGAGGCCGGCGACGUGAGGCGUCACUUUGCGAAAACGGGAUCCUUGAGCAACUCCAAUGAUGAUCAAUUCCGACCCAUUGGCGAUCGUACGCCUGUUUUUGCAUUCUCUCAUUCAUUCAAGUUCGGGAAAUCGGCCUCGAGAUCCCACACGGUCACCUUCACAGUCGCACUCAUUCAGAUUCCCGUCGUUCAGUUUGCUGCGGCGCGCGGUCUGACGAUGAUGCGGCCGUUGUGGAAAUCCUAUUAUCAAACUGCCGAGCAACUACUGUACUGGCAUUACCAUGACUACACGGCAGCAAGCGCUCUAGCCUCCAACUACUCAGCCCAACUGGCCAAGGAUGCAUAUCUGUCGGGGGCGGAUGAUUAUGUCGACAUCGUUGCGCUGAGUGCACGACAAGUGAUGGGAGCCACUCAAUUCUCGGGGACCCCAGAUAACCCAAUCCUAUUCCUGAAGGAGAUUUCGUCCAACGGUAACUUCCAAACCAUUGAUGUGAUUUUCCCGGCUUUCCCGUUCUUCCUGUACACCAACCCUCGUUGGUUGGCAUAUCUUCUGGAGCCCCUGAUUGAGCAUAUGCUCAGUGGCCAAUACCCGAAUACCUAUGCCAUGCAUGAUCUGGGCACUCACUUCCCCAACGCCACCGGCCACGCGGACGGUAAUGACGAGUAUAUGCCCGUGGAGGAAUGCGGAAACAUUCUGAUCAUGGGCCUGGCUGUGGCCAAUUCACUCCAGUAUGGCGAAAGCUCCGAGGCUGCUUCCCUUUGGUCGGCUCUGGGAACGCCAAGAUCCUCAAUGAUUACGGCAGACUCGAGCUUGUUCCCCCUCGAUGAUCUGCAAGUAAUGUCAGGGAUUGGUUAUCAAGACAGCAGGUGGGGUGGAGGCAUUGAAGGCACGAAGCUGGCAAAGAAGUGGGUAGAGCGAAGCUACAGACUCUGGAAACAAUGGACUGGCUACCUUGUCGAGUUCUCCUUGGAGCCUGCGAACCAGCUAUCCACGGACGACUUUGCCGGGUGGUUAGCGCUGCAGACCAAUCUAGCGUUGAAGGGAAUCGUCGGCAUCAAGGCCAUGAGCAAGCUAUCUGAGCUGGUUGGUAAUGACACCGAUGCUUCCUACUACAAGAAAAUUGCCGAGGAUUACAUCGCCAAAUGGGAAGAAUUCGGAAUGUCCCGUGACGGCUCCCAUGCUAAACUCGCAUAUGACUGGUACGGAUCUUGGACGACCAUCUACAACCUUUACGGUGACGCACAGUUGUGCUUCCACCUCGAGAAUACCGAGUCAUCAUUGUCGUCAUCAUCCGUAUCCGAGUCAAAGAGCAAGCCCAGAGCCCCAGGGUUUGUCCCCCGUCACAUCUACCAAAAGCAGUCAGUCUGGUACCAUUACGUGCGUCAAAAGUACGGUCUUCCUCUCGACAGUCGCCAUCUGUACACCAAGACGGACUGGGAAUUCUUCUCCAUGGCCGUCGCGUCCAAACCCGUGCGCUCCGAAAUUCUUGAAUCGGUGGCACGCUGGGUCAACGAGACGGUCACUGAUCGACCUUUUACCGAUUUGCACAACACCGAGGGAGACGGGAACUUUCCCGGGCCCCAUUUCUUCGCUAGACCCGUGAUUGGGGGACAUUUUGCGUUUUUGGCACUGGGGCGCGCAUGUGGUGGACGAGCCAUGGAGGGAUUGUCCUUUUUAGAUGAUGUCGACGAGGAGACAUUGCAGAGUUGGUCUGCAGUGGCCAAGGCCGCUGCGGAUGAGUUCCAUCGUCCAUGGAAAUUGCACCACGGCGACGAUGAGCUUUAG